AUCUGUAUUUUUUGCGGACCGCAAAAUACAUACGGUCGUGUGCUUGAGCCCUUCUAACACUUCAUGGCCGUUUAUGAUUUUUGCUAUGGGAACACCUGGUAGAAUUUUCCACCAUUCUGAUCUUCUAGGUGGCGCUCUUGAGUCGCGCUGUAGCGGUGCCAGCGCAGGCGAAGGUUUUGUGCCCUUUAAUGCUUCCCCUUAGGUCAUGGUUUCUGCUUCUUGCUCAGAGCCUGGGUGCUACAUGGCCUGCGUACCUCCAGAGGGGUGAAAGUCCACUUCCCUUUUCCUCAGCACUUUCCUGCGGUAUUCGGAGCGCUCUUGGGAUCAUGCGGAGCUCGCGCCUCUCCCUGCUCCUGCUCGCCUUCUUCAGCUCUGCCGUUCGCCCCACCUCCGCGUCCUGCGACGGCUCCACGGAGAGCCGAUGUAACUUCAUAUGUGACUGCUGGGACUGCUCCGACGAACGGGACUGCGGUUAUCACCGAGAGUCUCCAGUUUGGAGGAGACCCUUCAGCUGCGACUUUGAACAUGGCGAUUGUGGUUGGAAAGACAUAAGCACUUCCGACUACCGAUGGGUGCGAGACCAGAGGGGCUCUCCUGUUUGGAGGUCACGACCCCAUGCCGAUCACACCCUGGGGAACCGAUGGGGUUGGUUCAUGAUGGCAGAAGGUCAGAGCAGCAAAUCUGCUGCAUCUGCGCGACUGCGGUCCCCGGUCCUCAGAGACGCCGCUGCUACGUGUGAAAUCCACAUCCACUACCACAUGUAUUCCUCAGAUUCUCCUCAGGUGAACGGGAGUCUCUCGGUGCAUCUGGCAGACCGUACCCAGACAUACAGCUUGUGGGAGAGCACACGGAGCAGCGCAAUGUCAUGGAGGCGCCUGGUCGUGUUCACUGGCAGGAUCCCCGGAGAGUUCCAGAUCAUUGUGACUGCCUCCCGGGAUGCUCUCAGCCAGGGAGACUUUGCUGUGGACGACCUGGAGUUCCGUCACUGCGGCCUUCAAGGUGUGCAGGCAGAGUGCGGGGCUGAUCAGUUUCGCUGUGGCCGUGGCGGUUGUAUAGAGGCAGGCGCUCGCUGUGACGGUUCUGAUGACUGUGGUGACGGUUCUGAUGAGGUCGGCUGUGACGCCUUCCUCUCUUGUGACUUUGAAAGUGAUCGGUGCGCGUGGAAUUCUUCAUGGGAAGGAGUCACCGGAUACGAGUCCAAACCGGAGAGAGACCACACCAAGAACGGCCGGGCAGGGCAUUUCGUGCGAGCCUCACAGAACGGCGGCCACAGAUUAUCGAGUCCCACCCUGAGGGUCGAUGAGACGCAGCCGUGCUAUCUCGUGUUCUAUUACUACAUGGACGGCUCCGACGCCGGCUCAUUGUCUGUGGGCUCAUCUAGGAGUGACGUGGCUGCACUAAAGCUGCAGGGCCAGAGGGGCCCCACCUGGCUCCGGGAACGGGUCUUCUUCUCUCAGUCCAACGAUUCAUUCCAGAUUUUCAUUGAUGGCUCCAGUGGCGGAGUGCCGGGAAGCGUCGCAGUUGAUGAUCUGAUCCUUUCUCCUGGAUGCAAAGUGCACAAUGGAUCUAGAACAUUCUCACCCAGACCGGACGGCGUGAUCAGAAGUGUGAGAGAAACCUAUGCACCAGGAAGUGAGACCCCUGUUGGUGACUGGACGGAUGUCAGUAUUGGGGACUUCAAGUGGGGAAAGCCUCCUACAGGCUCGUCUUUGACUAUGCUGAAAGGCGAGGGAAAUUUAAAGACGGAUGCCGAAGCUCACAGUGGUCUCCUGCGCCCCACUGGACCCUCCUGUGUCCUGAACAUGACCUACCACCUUCAUACUGGCCUUGCAGGGUUCCUCUCUCUCCGUGUCUGGGAUCCACAGCUCGAUGCACACUCGCAUGUCUGGCAGAGUCAUGGAGAGAGGAGUAAUGCAUCCAAAUCCGUCCUGAUCCCACUGGGAGAGCGACCACAAGAGUUCCAGUUGAUCUUGGCUGGAGCGGUGGACCCCAGAACUGUAGGGAACUGGACCGCUCAAGUGAGUGAAAUACAGUUCAUCGACUGUGGGAAGGAUUUGGUCAACGAAGGUUCUGUGACUUGUAAUUUUGAGACUGGACUUUGUGGCUGGUAUCAAGAUGUAGCAGACGACAUUGACUGGGAGCUGGGCACCGUCUCUGACCACACCACAGGACAGGGUCGCUAUGUGUUUGUGGCGGGGGAGUCUCGCUCGGAUCGCGGUACAAAGGCGCGCCUGCUGUCCUACCCGCAAUCUUCCGCAUCGGACACCUCCUGCCUCUCCUUCCACCACAGAAUGUUUGGCCCAGACACAGGCACAUUAAACCUGCUCAGCAAAUACGAACAGGGAGAAGAGAAGUUAAUUUGGACGGGCACAGGAACCCAUGGGAAUCGGUGGCAUCGGGAAACUGUGACACUCACUAGCAAGAAUUACCAGCUGAUUUUCGAAGCGGUGCGUGACGGCUCCAUUGGCCACAUUGCCGUUGAUGACAUCACUGUGAUGAGCGAACCCUGUGCACCCCCCACUCGCUGCUCUUUUGAGGCCGGAACCUGCGGCUUUUCCUCCCAGGGAACCUAUAUGUGGAGUUUACAUCAGAACAUCCACUUCAACCACCAGGCGGGACCGUCCCAUGAUCACACCUUACAGAGUUUUACAGGGCAUUAUAUGGUGGCCGACACCAGCUCCAGCAAAGUGCCCAGCGGCUACUCUGCGCUUCUAACAUCCGGUGUGUACAGGGCCCAGCCGGAUGAGGGCUGCCUGAGCUUCUGGUACCAGAUGGGGGGCACCAAUCCAGCAGGGACGUUGAUUGUAUUUAUUGAGGACGACCUUGGAAAUAAGAAAGUGAAGAGAGAAAUUCUGAGGAUCUCCGAUGCAAAACCAGACAGCUGGCGCCACGGGAGCGUGGCCCUCCGGGCUGACCAGCAGUGGAAGCUGCUGUUUGAAGCUGUCGGUGCCGGCGGGGAGCGCGCGUACAUCGCCCUGGAUGACGUUCACAUCAGCCAUCAUCGAUGUCAUGAAUCAGCAACCUGUGACUUUGAAUGGGGUUCCUGCUCUUGGACCAAUGUUCGCAUUCCUCUUACGGACACGUAUGACUGGGACUGGACUAAUGGAGCAGCUGUAAACAGGCCGAGCUCUGCCCCAGAGAAGGAUCGCAGCCUCGGCUCUGCAGAAGGACACUACGCCUUUGUGGACACAGGCGCUCUGCACGUAGAAGGCUCCACCGCCUGGCUCAUCAGUGAACACCUCUCAGCGACCACUGGCUCCUGCUUCACCUUCUCCUACCGCACAGACUCCCCAGACCAUUUCCAUCUGGCGGAGCUGAUUCUGUACGUGACGAGUGCUCAGGGCCUGCACCCAGUCUGGGUGCUACGUGGGUAUCACAGCAGUGAGUGGCAGGAAGAGAAACUGCAGCUGAACAGCACUGCGGAGUUUCAGAUUGUAUUUGAGGCAAUGAAGGGCACCCGUCCGCACACCGUCGUCCUGUCCUUGGAUGAUCUGAAAUACACCCCGGACGUGCUGUGUAAUACUGUAGAAAAACCGAAAGGUGGUGGUGGUGGUAAAGACAAUUCAGGACGGAUCUGGGCCAUAGUCGUCGGCGUGAUCAUCGCUCUGCUGUGCUUGGUGCUGCUCUUCUCCGUGUACCGCAGAUGGAGGAGAAACAAGGAGAGCGCCUCUUCGCUGACCGAACAAGCCGACCAGAUUGACGGUUUUGAUAAUGUGUCGUACGACAUUGAUUCUACAGAAGGUUGAUUGGUAGAGGUUUUCAUGUACUCUUGUAAAAUAAAUCCACGCUUCACACAG